AUGCUCAAGCUGACACAGAGCCCCAGAGCUGUCUGUAAAGAGGUCGAGUCCAAACGACCAAUGACAGACGACCAACCGCGCCCCGCCUCAAGCCGCCAUGACGGCGUCAUCACCCGCUCGGAUUAUUUCGACUGGCAGCGUCGAAACCGGCCUCGGUUGGGCUCUGAAGCCAACCUACAGAAGAGGCCAAGCGAAGCAACUCUUCGUUCUGUUCAACAACAAGAGCAUAAAAUUAGCUGCGCAAUAGACACGAUUCUAUCUCCGACGCGAAGCCCACUCGUAAGCGUGGCUUUGGCGCGCAGGAAAGCCACAGGCCAGCGGACCGGCUUGUCUGAUGCGCCUCUGCCCGACGGAAGAGGAAAAGUAAAAGUCGUCUCAGGCUGCCUUGUGCAUGCGUCGACUGAAUUAGGACUUGCUAUGCCAACGGUCGACGUAAAAAUGUUCAGGCCUGAGUAG